UGCAAAGUAUAUGAGUACUUAAUGUAAUGUUUGUCCUGAAUGAUUCAGAUUCCACAAACCGGAUGGGAUAAGUUGUUUAUCUCUUUCAUUCCUGCUGAUUCUGCAAAGGCCACAGCCAAGACAACUAAAGCAAAUGUGAGGAAUGGCACCUGCAAAUGGGCAGAUCCUAUCUAUGAAACUACUAGACUUCUUCAAGACAUUAAAACAAAGCAGUAUGAUGAGAGGAUCUAUAAACUUGUGGUCACAAUGGGUUCUUCACGAUCUAGUGUCCUUGGUGAGGCUAACAUCAAUCUAGCUCAUUAUGCUGAUGCACUAAAGCCUUCUAUUGUUGCACUGCCUCUUCAGGGAUGUGACUCUGGAGCUAUUUUACAUGUAAGAGUUUCUGAAUGUUGUUUUUGAGUUGGGCAUGAUUAUGUGUGUGUGUGUGUGUGUGUUUCUGUAUUAUGUGAUUUGUCAAUAGCAGCAACCUGGUG